AUGAGCGGGAGGAUACUCUCCCAUCGACUUGCCCCGCUGGUGCGGACCGGCAUGGCACGCCAUAUUCAUAAUGCAGCAUCGAGAACCGGAGGCCUUUUGCGCGCUGAUAGUGGUGCCGCUUUGAGGGGACGCACUUGGCCCAUAGGUGCAAAUGGGAUUCACAACAAUGUACCCGCCGUUCGAGCUUUUUCCUUUCACCGGAUUCUUCCAAAGCUAGCUCUCAAGCUUGUUCGAAUUCCUGCUAUGUUUGGAGGAGCGACUAUUGCGGGUUUGGCUUACUUUCAAUACCAAGCGACUCAGGCUGGAAACUAUGCAAUGGACCUGUUGAAAACGGCUGGGGAGACUGCGGGGAAUACGGCAUCGGGGUUAUUCCAGGGUCUUCAGGAUGUGGCGGAACAGACACAGCGUGGGUGGAAUAAGACGACGGAGGACGUGGAUGUUCCCGAGUGGUUACAGAAGAUUCUACGAACGGAUGAGGAAUCGCAGUCUCAAAAUGGUGGUGAUAAGGAGCCGAAGGAAGGCCGUGGUAUUACCGCCGGCGUUGCGGCGGGAUCAACUGCGGCGUUUGGAUAUGACCAGUCGGAGGAGACUGACUCGCGGGCUGAGAAUGAAGUUGCUCAGGAUGAUCAGAUGAUGGUCCUCACCCGCAAGAUGAUUGAGAUCCGAAAUAUUCUUCAGACUGUCGGUCAGUCUGGAAGUCUGACUCUACCAUCAAUUGUUGUCAUUGGAUCUCAGUCUUCGGGGAAGAGUUCAGUUCUCGAGGCCAUUGUUGGACAUGAAUUCCUGCCCAAGGGCUCCAAUAUGGUCACACGACGACCUAUUGAACUCACACUUAUCAACACCCCGAAUGCUCAAGCAGAAUAUGGUGAAUUCCCGGCCUUGGGGCUCGGCAAAAUUACCGAUUUCUCGCAGAUCCAGCGAACGCUGACAGAUCUGAAUCUUGCGGUUCCGGAGAAGGAUUGUGUCUCAGACGACCCUAUUCAAUUGUCUAUCUAUUCACCCAAUGUACCGGACCUUUCUAUGAUUGAUCUUCCUGGUUACAUUCAGGUAGCUGGACAUGACCAACCUCCAGAGCUCAAGCAAAAAAUCAACGAUCUUUGCGAUAAAUAUAUUCAGGCUCCCAAUGUUGUCUUGGCCAUUUCGGCAGCUGAUGUCGAUUUGGCGAAUUCAACUGCUUUAAGGGCUAGUCGUCGGGUGGAUCCUCGCGGUGAGCGUACAAUUGGUGUCAUUACCAAGAUGGAUCUCGUCGAUCCCGAGCGCGGUAACGCCGUUCUUACAGACACGAAAUACCCCCUUCGUCUGGGUUAUGUAGGUGUCGUGAGCCGCGUUCCUCAAACAACCGCCCUCUUUUCUCGGGGUUCUGGAAAUAUCACCAAUGCUAUUUUGAAGAAUGAGAAUGCAUACUUUUCAGCCCACCCUACCGAAUUCGGCGCCCACUCAGAAGUUGCAGUCGGCGUCUCGACUCUCCGCAAGAAACUGAUGCAUGUGCUUGAACAAACCAUGGCGUCUAGUCUUGAUGGCACCAGAGACGCGAUCAGCCAAGAGUUGGAAGAGGCAACCUAUGAGUUUAAGGUUCAAUACAAUGAUCGACCUUUAAGUGCAGAGUCGUAUUUGGCUGAAAGCUUAGAUGGCUUUAAACAUUCCUUCAAGGCAUUUGCCGAAGCUUUUGGUCGACCGCAGGUUCGGGAGAUGUUGAAAGCCGAACUAGAUCAACGAGUGAUGGAUAUUAUGGCUCAGCGCUAUUGGAACAAGCCUGUGGAUGACUUGAAUCCUCCCAUGAUGGAGUUGGAUCCACUCAAGGAUUUGCCCAAGGCUGAUCCCGAGUCCCUGUACUGGCACCGCAAACUGGAUGCAUCUACUUCUUCCUUGACAAAGCUGGGCAUUGGCAGACUCGCAACUACUGUGGUUGCCAAUGCUCUGCGAAACCAUGUUGACUCGCUCCUGGCGGCUUCCACAUUUGCUUCUCACCCAGGUGCCCAUAAGCAAAUCAUUGAUGCUUGUACAAGUAUUCUGAAUGACCGCUUCUUCAGCACGAGUGAUCAAGUGGAGAACUGUAUCAAACCAUACAAGUUUGAAAUCGAGGUCGAGGACCCAGAGUGGUCAAAGGGUCGUGAGAACGUUAGCAAAGUCCUUAAGGAGGAACUGCGCGCCUGCGAAUCAGCUACAAAACAUGUUGAGGAUACUGUUGGAAAGCGGAAGCUGAAGGAUGUCAUGUCUUUUAUUGACAAGGUUCGCAAAGGGGAUGUCGUAUUGGAGGGCAACGGUGCUGGAGGUGCUGGCGGUUUCAGCUCAGCUCUGCUAGAGAGAGGUCGGGAGGGUGUCUUCCUUCGUGAUCGGGCUGAUCUCAUCAAGUUACGAAUGAUGGCCGUACGAUCCAAGCAGUGCGCCACUCAAAAGAACAAAUACUACUGCCCAGAGGUCUUCCUCGACGUAGUAGCAGACAAGCUCACAUCAACCGCCGUCCUCUUCCUGAACGUCGAGCUCCUCUCCGAAUUCUACUACAACUUUCCUCGUGAACUGGACAGCCGACUCGGCCGUCACCUUUCCGACGCCGAGGUUGAACGCUUUGCCCGUGAAGACCCCAGAGUCCGCCGCCACCUCGACAUUAUCCGCAAAAAGGAGCUACUAGAGUUGGCCCUGCAAAAAAUCGAAGGUAUUCGGCAGCUGGACGGCCGCAAACCUGGUCGGGGCUCUGAACGUGCGCAGGCAGCGAAGGAAACUCGAAGCCGCUGGGGCAUUUUCUGA